AUGGAGGCCUUAAAGACAAUUGUUGGCACUGAAAUCCCACGGUAUGACUGUGAAUCAUCUGAGAAUUUGUAUGAAAGUUUUUUGGAGCACGCCAAAGACCAUAGAUUUCAAGUUGAUAGAUCUUCCACGUUAGCACUACAAGAGCUCGAAACCAAGUCUCAAACAAUCAAAAAUGCAAUUGAAGCAACGAUUCCACCGCUACAAACGUACUUUUCAGACCUGAAUAACAAUUUCAAGUCAUUGACGCACGAUUUGAGCUUAGUAAGGGGAAAGUCACUUAAACUUAACGAGCUUUUAUCAAGGAACUCUAAAGACCUAGCAGAAAUAUCUCCUCUCGUCAAUGAUCUGGUCAUCUCACCAGAGGUUAUCAACCAAAUCUUAAAGGGCAAAAUCAACUACGCGUGGGUCGAAAACAUUGCCUACGUUCGUGACAAACAAGAGAUUUACUCAAAAUACGUGGAGAGUGGUCAGGAUGUGCCUGCUGACUUUGCGGAACUCAAGGAGCUUCUGGAAGUUUUAGAGUCCCUCAUAGUUGAACGCAGUAAGCGUCUUAUCGUGAGCAAGGUGAAGCUGCUCCGUGAUCAGAGAACCGUGCCCUCGCAAAAAAUUCAGAGGCAACUGCUGGAGGUCAAAGAGAUCUUCCAGUUUUUAUCAAAGAACAACUACUCUUUGGCUCUAGAGCUAAGACAGGCGUAUGCAUACACCAUGAGGUGGUAUUACAAGCAGUUUUUUGGACGUUAUAUUCGGUCUUUGACAAUCUUGCAGUUCGUAGCCAUCGACUCCAAUUACGUGUUGGGUCGCGGGCUUUCCUCCACCUCGAACUCUACUACAGACAGAUUUACCAACUACUUCUCUGGAAGUUACAAAAGCUCCAUAUUAGGAUCUUCAGGACCUACGGAUCAAAUGGUGAACGAUUAUUUUCAGAUUGAAAAACGGUUGUCUGUGCUGACGCAGGAGGACAACACCGUGAUGGUGUCGCAAAUUGCUGAGAAUAACAGCGCGCCAAACUUUCUGGAAGUGGGCUUCAAAAACCUGAAUCUAGCCCUUCUCGACAAUUGCUCGGUAGAGUUCUCCUUUCUCACCGAGUUUUUUCAAAUUCAGGAUAACGGAGAGGAUUUGCGCGGUAUACUGGAACAGAUUUUCCAACCUACUUUUGACGAAGCCAUGGAGUACACCAAACGGCUUAUUACGCCAACUUUCGACAUGUUCGGUGUGCUCAUCAGCAUCUGGAUAUCUCAUCACCUGAAGUUUGAGGCCCAAAGGAGGCUAGUGCCGGUCUUCGAUGAUUUUUUAAAUGGUCAACUAAUGUUACUGUGGCCCAAAUUCCAGCAGCUUGUGGACUUUCAGUGCGAAAGCCUAAGAAAAGUUCCAAUUUCCGUUAGUGGCAAAAGUAUUACUGGCAGAAAGGAGGAGAGCGACCCCUCUACCACGACCCACGAACUAACCGUGCAGUUUUCAAAGUUUUUAACGAGCAUCCUUAUGCUUUCUAUGGCACAUAAAGAGAACAUCGACGAACGAUCAGAACCGCUUUACAACUCGAUCAUAAGGAUCAGGAACGAUUUCGAAACUAUUAUGACCAAGUGCAGCAAGAAGACCAAAUAUCCGGAGAGAUUUUUGGCUCUGAAUUACACAUAUCUGCUAAACGUACUACAAAAAAACUCAAUUAGUCAAGAAAAACGCGAUCAAGACGGAUACACCCCAUCACUGAUAUUCCAAGAGACCAAGAGCCACUUGGAGGGUCUUGUAGAGGCCUUCAGCACGAUCACGUGA